AUGGACGAUUUACUAAAUAAAAUUCGUAUUGCGCGAGAUCAUUUUAUCAGAAUUACAAUAAUUGUCCUCUUAGCAACUCUGGCUUAUCCUGUAAUGCCUAUUAGAGGUUAUUGGAUUGGCUUUGUAACUACAGCAUUCCUUUUCCAACCUUAUAUAAGCAAUGCAUCAAAGUCUCCUGAAAAUUCUGAAACUCAGCAAGCAAGUAACGAGGAGCAGAAUGAUGAUAACCUUGCAGCUGCCGGUGAUACAGCAGCGAUCAAUUCUGAAAAUCAAGUCGACAGUGACGAUGAAGUAGAUUUUGAAUCUGAUGACGACGAAGAGGCCAUCCCUAUGUCUAAGAACGAUUUAAGAUCUAUAAGUCACUGUGCAUCGUGUGAUUCAUCUUUCUCGAAGAUGCUGAUUCGCCGGCAAUACUGUAGAGCAUGUGGUGACAGUUUUUGUUCUCGAUGUUGCUCAAUGAAAGUUCCACGCGCGGUUUUUGGAGCGACAGCUCCUGCUGCAUACGUUGAAACCGUUUUGGUAUGCAAUUCAUGCUAUGCUGAUCUAAAAGAUACACUUUUACAAGUUCAAGCUGCUGCUAACCGUCAGAAUAUUACCGAUGCGUCUGCAUUCAGCCAUAGCAGCAAUGUCAAUACUUAG